UUCAUUUCAGACACUGAGACGUGAUUUGUGUGACAAACCUAUUGAAUGAAAUUCAAAGUUUGUAAACAAUGUGUUGAAGACGAGUGUCACCGAAGUAUCACUGAAAUGGCCGAAAAGCCCGACGACUUCAAUAUGCCGGUCAAUAACAUCGCUGCCAUCAUAAAGGAGUGUUUGCCUAAUGGUGUGACCGUUAGUCAAGAUGUAAGAAGUGCUGUAUCCAGAAGUGCCUCCAUAUUCAUCCUUUAUGUAACCACUUGUGCCAACUCUAUAGCCAAUGAACAUAAACGCAAGACAUUGACACCAAAUGAUAUCAUUGAAGCCAUCAAUCAAAUUGGUUUCAAUGAGUUUACCGAUGAGUUACAAGAGUUAUACAAAAGCUUACAAAAAGGCAAACAAAACAAAGAUAAAGACAAAUCCAAGAAUACAAACAGUGAUAAAGUUAUGGAAAAAAUGGAUGAAUUAAAUGAUGACAAAGAAGAAGAAGACGAAGAAGAAGAAGAAAGUGAUGAUUAAAUUUUACUCGUGUUUGCAAUCAGACAACAAUAUCAAUCAUAUCAUUCAUAUUAAU